AUGGGCCUCAGCGAAGACGGCAGUUUGGGAGGGUGGGGCUGGGUCCUUGUGGAUGCAGCUGUGGGGCUGGACAGGACAGCUGUAAGUGCCUCUCCCCUUGUCCCGCCUGGGCUGGAUGGCACACGCCCCUCAGCCCCAGAGCCUGGAAGCCCCCCUUCCCUCUCACUGUGUCUGGCCUUCGAUGCCACACAAGUGGUUCUGGGAUCUGCUGGAGGCCAGCACGGGGCCCGGCUUGGGGCCCUGCCCUGCGGGGACCACAGUCUAGAGGAAGCUGAACAGAGAACAAGUAGCAAAAUGCCAAGUAGCUCUCUGCAGCCGCCCUGA